GAACAAGCGCAGAGACGAGUACUAAACGGCAGUUUGGUGUCGGAAGGAGUCAUACAUGCCUCAUGCUAUCAAACUGUGAGUCUGUGAUCUUUCUCUGUGUGCUGAAACGGAGACGUGUGACGCCAAUUCAGGAGAUGUAACUUCCCAAGCUGUCAUUGGCUCACUGUUUGCGAGAGCGAUGUUGAGCGACGUUGAGCAAAGUUGUUAGCGUCUUCUGAAAAGGAAUAGAUCUAUAUGUGCAGUCAGUUAGGGCGUUUUUAUUUUUUUGUCAGUGGCACUCACUUUUUUCUACAUCCUGCAAUCAGAUAUUUUUUCUGUACACAUAAUACCUCAAUACAAUCUGAAAGUGUAACAUUUGAUUAAGUGAGGCCAGCGAGAGACUGAUUUAUCGUUUAAACAGUUGCUCAGAAUUCGUUUAAUCACUAUCGGCAUCCUUCAGCUGUAGCUUUCUUAUCUUCACGAUAACUGCUAGGUCUGUGAUUGAAUUCAAGAGAAAAUAUUUAUUAUGAUGGGUCAUAGUGAGCUUCAAUCGUUCUGUGUGGGAUUUCUGGUCUCAGCUCUGGUCAUCGCCUCAUGUGCCCAAACUCAAAGACCUGGACUUUGCGUCCAGAAUGGAGGGAGAUGUGUUUACAUCAAGAACCGAUGCCCUUACGGCACUGAUGUGAACAACAGAUACAGCAACUUCUACGGAUGCCUUCGCGCUGAUCAGAAGUGCUGCUCUCCAGUGAAAAGUCUCGGAACCUAGCGUCCAGAGUCCUGACCUACAACCAGAGUACCCAUGCCUGCCAGGGGGUCAUUGUGGGUAGCCAGUGGGUCCUCACAAGUCCAUUUUGUGUACUCAGGUAAGUACAUCAGCGCCUGUGGCGAGGCGGUCAGGAGCUUUGAUGUUGCAUACAGAGGAGCCGAGUUCGAUUGCCGAGUUGGAAAUUUUUUUUUAUCGAAGAUCUCAGUAGAUUAAGCGAUUCUCAUCGAAUUUUUUACCCCCAGUCUUACUCUUUCUGAAGUACCAGCGUCUGUUGUGUUGUGGUUA